GGUAAUUAGGUGGUGAUUCAGAUACAGUUUUAGACAAACUUUUCUUCUUCUUCCUCCUUGUUCAUCGUAUAUGUUAGAUAUUGGAUCAUUUUCAGGGUUGAGAGGUUUUUAGAUUGAGAUGGAGCUUGUGGAUCUCUUCAUCACUGCAACAAUGCCGGUGUUUAAAGUGCUAAUCAUAACUGCACUUGGCUCAUGUCUUGCUCUACAACGCAUCAAUAUCUUGGGGGAAGACACCAGGAAGGAACUAAACAAGGUGGUAUUUUAUGUGUUCAAUCCAGCCCUUGUUGCUACCAACCUUGCAAACACAAUUACCUCGGACAGCAUGCUCAAAUUGUGGUUCAUGCCCUUCAAUAUCCUCAUCACAUUUGUUGUUGGGUCAGUACUUGGAUGGAUUGUUGUCCAAUGCACAAGGCCUCCCUCACAUUUGCGGGGCCUCAUAGUCGGUUGCUGUGCUGGAGGAAACCUGGGGAAUAUGCUCCUUAUUAUAAUUCCAGCAGUUUGCAAGGAGAAAGGAAGCCCAUUUGGAGCUCCUGAUGUCUGUUACACAUAUGGAAUGGGAUAUGUUUCACUUUCAAUGGCGGUUGGAGCCAUUUAUCUGUGGUCUUACGUCUACAAUAUUGUGCGGAUAUCUUCAAGUAGUGGCAGCAAAGAGUCCACAACAAACAACUCUGUCACCAAGUACUCUAGAGAAACAGGCACGUCAGACCAGGGAAGUUGUACUGAACCGCUACUACCUUCAAAGGAAUGCUUGGCACCUGAGGAUUGCAGAGACCAAUACGUGCCACCCUGUGAUAGAUUUCAAGGGAAAGUUGAGGAGUCAGUUUUGAGUAACAUGAAGCAACAAGUGUGCCACUUGGUUCAAAAGAUUAAUUUGGGAGCAUUAUUUGCACCUUCAACAAUUGCUGUGAUUGUUGGAUUUGUGAUUGGACUCAUUCCUCAAAUCCGAAAGCUGAUGAUUGGUGACAGUGCUCCUCUUCGUGUUAUUCAAGACUCUGCUUCUUUAGUGGGAGAUGGAGCCGUCCCAACUCUGACUCUAAUUAUUGGAGGAAACCUGCUCAAAGGUCUGAGAGGAUCAGGCAUUCAGACAUCUAUCGUUAUAGGCAUCAUAGUUGCUCGUUAUAUUGCUCUUCCUCUCAUAGGUGUUGCUAUCAUCAAAGGAGCACUUUAUUUUGGUUUGGUGCAUUCCGAUGCAUUAUAUCAAUUCGUACUCCUACUUCAGUUUGCAGUUCCACCUGCCAUGAACAUAGGAACAAUUACUCAAUUAUUCGGAGCAGGUGAGAGUGAAUGUUCUGUUAUCAUGCUCUGGACUUAUGCUUUGGCAUCAAUUUCACUUACCAUGUGGUCAACUUUCUUCAUGUGGCUGGUGGCUUGAACUCUGCUACAGAAAUAUGUAUCACUUGACAGAAGAGGAUAUAUGGAAACAGAUGUUUGCAAACAAAGUUAUUAUAGUGAAUUCACCUAGCACUUGGGAACCAAAGAAAUCAAUCACUUGUCACUACCACCAAGAGCGGUGCUUCAGAGGAAACAAAUAGAUUUCCUCCAAUGAAAAACUAACUGCUAUUACUUUUUGACAAAACUAAUUUAAUUACUACCCUUAAUUAAGCAAGUUUCGCUGUAAUGACAUUUUUUUAUAUAAAGAUUAAGAAUUAAAUCUUAAACCUGUAUUUAAGAAUACGGAUAAUUUAUAGUUUAAG